AUGAUCCCCGCGGCUGGAUCCGCCCCAAAGGCCCGACGACGAUACUCAAGCUGGAGUCAGCCCUUGCCAGCAGCUGUUGAGCUUGGCGAUGCAGGCGAAGGCAAAAUUUCAAGCUCCAGCUCUUCGUCGUGUGCAUCUGACUCCGAGGAGGAGGAUCUGAUCCCAGUGCACAAGGUGCACAGUUUACCACCCGAAAAGUCGGGAAAUGGGGGCUACGCGGAUCUCGAGAUGCGGAAGGUUCGAAGCCUGUCGUCGAAGCAGCCAUUGCGUCAGUCUCAACUACGGAGUAUUCUUGAAGAGAGCGCUCAGAUAGACAAGGAUCAGCAUGGCUACCUCGCCACGAACACCCUGAAAACUUCUGCAGCCGACAAGGUACCAAGGAGAGGAAUGCCCCUGGAAAGAGCAGACAGACGGCGCUCGCAGACGUUCAAGAGUAUUACCGUGCCGGACGAGGUCUUGCAGGUUCUUGACAGCAGCUCCCCUGACCAUGAAGAAGAGUAUGGAGAUUCGGAACGACCUACGGGCCCGGUCAGGCGCCGGUCCGGAGCAUUGCGUCCGACUCUCACGGUGGCCAUACACACGGACUCUAUUGCGGCCAGCAUCGAGGCUGACGAGGAGGCGCAGCGCUUCCUGGAGCCUGGCUUUGGUGCACCAGCGCCUAAGCACCCCAUGGACAGGAAUCCCGAAAUGGAGGCUCAACGCGCAGCGGCCAUCGAGAAGGUGGCCUUCGCUGCGCGAAAGGUUACACAGAAACUGGAGAAGCAGCAGCAGGCCAUGCUUGCAAGACGACGCAAGCGUUACCAGAGUGCGCCAGCAGCACAGCUCCUGAGCCAAGCCCGUGUGGCUGUGGAAGAGGCAUCAAGCGAGCCCUUAGAACACAACUCAGUCGCAGGUGGGGUACCCGCAGUUGUGAUUUUCGAUUGGGAUGAUACGCUCUUCCCCACUCGGCAUGUCACAGAAGUGGUGAAAGCCGUCCAUUCGAAGGAAGGUCCACUGCCACCGGAAUCGCCUUUCUACGCCGAGUUGAAAGCUCACGCACAAGUCGUGGAAUCCACUCUGCUAGCUGCACGAGAGGUUGUCGGCCGCGUUAGCAUCGUGACUCUCGCUCGGCGGCCGUGGGUGGAGACUUCCGCAUCGUGGUAUCUUCCUGGCGUCGACUUUGAGAAGCUUAUGCAGGACCUGGAAAUCGAGGUGUUCUAUGCCCGUGAACACAUCACUCGACCUCACAUCUACAAUGCUCAGUUGGAGGAGGGUGUCGACAUGUUCGUGAUUGCGAAACGGAACGCCAUGCUCAAGUGCUUGCGUAAGAUCUACGGCUUGAAAGCCAAGACGAUGCAUGUGAUCUGCGUGGGCGACUCCACGGUCGAACAUCUUGCCAUCAAAGAGGUGCUGUGGUGCUGCCCACAGGAGGCCGGCAGCUUCUGCAAGACCAUCAAACUGAUGUCAGAUCCAUCGGUGCAGAAUCUUACAGAGGAGUUGCAGGUCCUGAGUUCCUGGCUGCAGCAAAUUGUCACUUGCGCAAAGGACUUUGACAUCAGCCCGCAGCCUCAGACUUGUGCAUGCCUGCAACGCACUGUACGGCCAUUCAGAAGAGUCUCCGGGCUGGCAGUUUUUUAG